AUCCUCAGGUGUAUGACCUUCAACUUUCUCACCGGGUUCAAUGCGUGGCUCCUGCUCAACCCAUCACGCCUGAGUUAUGACUGGACAGGGGGCAGCAUCUCCCUCGUGGAAUCACUUUGUGACGUCAGAAAUAUCUGCACCUUUGGGUUCUACACUUCAAUAGCGGUUCUCAUUUGGAAGUGUUUG